GAAAAUAUAACUAGAUGCUUAUAAGCAGAGAGAUUUGUAAGUAUUUCGAUAGAUGACGCGGAUUGACAAAUACAUGAACACAUUCUUAUGUUGAGAUACAAGAGACCAAGCAAGAAGCAGCUGCGAGUAGUAACAUUCAUGUAUCUCGGAGAAAAAUUAUCGCUGGAGAAUCGUUUGCAAAAUUUUUAACAGCGGUCUAUAUUGAUCAAUACUGAUAUUAAUCUCAUACUAGUACACAAAUUACUUAUCUAUAUAACAACCUUGCAAACUUGCUGUGCAUUACUUCAAGGAAUUUAAUGGGAUGUCAGUUAGUAAAUAACAUAUCCCUUAUUUACGUUAAUCUUAUUUGUGUUGAAACGUGGUUAAAGCAGAUGGUCGCGCAAACGCAGUGAUAUCUGAUUUUUUGUAAAGGUGGUUCUUUAUUACUCGAAGAAAUUUUCGAAUUUUGAACAUGAAGUGAAUCAACUUUGUAUGUUACAGUUGUAGAGAUGACUGUAAUGAUACAUCAGAAUGAUGUGCCAUAUUUAAUAUAAAGACAACUUGUUUGAUAUUAAAAAAUCAAGAGAGAGACAGAGAGAAUAACAUCCAAACACGCAAAUAGUAAAACAUAGUCUUACAAGAAUGGAUGUAUCUAGCAAUUAAACACAAAGCAUUGUGUUAGUGUCGAGUUUAUGUUGUAAGGUUUAUUAAGACAUUAAUAGUCAACUUUAAUCUGUGGAUUAAUACAAGUUUCCAAUGAUGUUUUCGUCUGGCCUUAACUGUAAUCUCUCCUUUCCCAGUUGUUUGGGUUAUCCACAAGAUAGUGAGGAAUUGAUCCCAAAAAUGGCACGUGAGCCAAUCAUUCUUAAUGUUUAUGAUAUGUAUUGGAUAAAUGAAUAUACUACACCCAUUGGUCUCGGUGUAUUUCACUCUGGAGUGGAAAUAUAUGGAACAGAAUAUGCAUAUGGUGGUCAUGCUCAACCAAAAAGUGGCAUUUUUGAAAUUGCUCCAAGAGUGGCUGACGAACUAGGCGAACAGUUUAGAUACAGACAGUCUGUUCACAUUGGAUAUACAGAUUUUACGGAAGAAGAUGUUUCAAGAAUUAUUACAGAAUUAGGCAAAGAUUUUAGAGGAGACCGUUAUCAUCUCAUGAAUAAAAACUGUAAUCACUUCAGCAGUCAAUUCACAUUAAUUCUAUGUGGACAGGAGAUACCUGGUUGGGUAAAUCGUCUGGCUUAUUUUAGUUCAUGUGUACCAUUUCUCCAACGUUGUUUGCCAAAGGAAUGGUUAACGCCUGAUGCUUUACAACAUUCUCUAAGUCAAAUUAGUCAUCACGAAAGUACACCACCAUCGGAUACUUCAUUGUAACAUUUGGCUAACACUAUUGAAAUGCACGGUCUAAAAUGCCGUAGAAGUUAUACAUUUUAGAUAAUUAAACAUUGUGAAAAGAAAUGUUAAUUAGGACUGAUUAUAUUGCCAAGAUUUGAAAACUUGAGAAACCUGAGAAACUGAACCGUCAAGACAAGGUACAAAUUUGAUAUUGUACACUUGAAUGCGACUGCUGAUAAUUAGUACUGAAAAAAUUGCCUUUGCUGCAGCAUGUUGUUUCCUAAGAUGGCGAUCCACAUGGGUUCGCAUGUGUUCUUUGUUAAAUAAUACAGUCAAGAUAUGAUAGUUACAUAAUGAAUAGAUAAUUACGCAUAAAAAUUUAAACCAUAAUGAGCAGAAAACUCAUUUGCCGACAAAAAAGAAACUUGUUAUAUUAGCAAGAUGUGUAUAUUGAAAUAAUUUUUUUAUAAAAAUUCUUAUUUCUUGUGCUUGUAAAACCGUAAAGCAGUAUGUUUUAAGAUAUAAUGCAUGCACAUAAGUCAGAUAAAUAUAUAUUAUAUAUAAGAUAUAUUGUAUGCGAAUGAUUUGAAUAUUUUAUGAUCUAAUUAUUAAUUUCGAUAAUUAACUUAAACACGUACACGCACAUACUCGUACUUACACAGAGAUACGUAAAUAAACUUCCGCGUAAGUCUUAAUACAGUUGACACUAUAUAUUAUUUUUAAUCAAUUGAACUUUUCCGUAUAUAAAUUUGAUUUUAUCUCUUGCACCUUCUGUUAUGAGCUUUCUACAAUAAGCCAAUAUUUAAACCUUAGCCCACAAACACAAUAGAUUAAACUUUAAGAAAUUUAUCAUUCACAGUUGAAUGUGAAAAGAAUAAUCGGCUAUAAUUGGUCAAUUUCUUAAGGCUUAAGACUUACUACACCUAUUGUGUUUGUGGCUUAGUAUUUAAAGCUUAGGUAAUGACUUAUCAUAGAGAGCCUAUUAUAUUAUCUCUUGGUUUAUUGCUCUAGGGAUCGAUUGUACACACGUGGCAUUUCUAUAUUCUACAUAUAUGGAUUAAAUCAUUGAAUAACUAAAAAUUGAAAAAUAGAUUAAAAAUAGGGAAACUGCUCUUUUUCGAUAGAUUAAAAAUAUACAAACUCGAAUAUAAUUAAUUUAUGAGAUACAUGAACAAAUAU